AUCAGCACUGACACUGCGUUGAGUGGCACUGAAGCCACAGGUGCCAUCCUCUGCCCCCCCAGUCCUGUCUCACUCUCUGCCCCCUGCCCUGCCAGCCCUGCCAGCCCUGCCAGCCAUGGCAUUGCCUAAGGUUACCCUCGCCACACCAGCACGAUCCAGAGCCAGCCACAUCCCAGGCUACUACGAGGGAUUUGUGGAGAAACAGGACUCAGAAACCAAAGAUUACAAAAAGUUCUGGACGGUGCUACGAGGAAACCACCUGUGUUUCCAGGUGACCAGCAGGGAACCAACGUACCUUGAGAGAGUGGAUCUCGAUGAGUUUAUUUCAAUGGAAGAUGACAACAAGGACAAGAGUCAGCCUGGAGCCAAACUCACAUUGAGGCUGAAACGCAGAAAACUGAAGUUAAGGAUGGAUAGUGUGGAGGCACGAGAAGAAUGGAAAGGGUUCAUUCACACAGUCGUAAAGUUGGAAAUCCCCAAACUGAGUCUCCUUCCCGGACAAAUCCAGAGACUCCUCGCCAUGAGAGACGAGGAGAUAGACCGAAGAGCCAAGUUAACCAUUAGUUCUCCUCCACGAAAGCAGGAACAAGAAUCCAGCCAGGACUUCUACGAUGAUGUGGAAAAUACCCUCCCCAGUUGUUACCAUAAAGUCUCGAGGGUGGAGGCCGAGAUGGUUCUGGAGAGGAACUCUGAGCUCGGGAACAUCCUCCUGAGGCCGGGAAGUGAUAACAAGAACUUCUCAAUUACAGUGCGGCAAGUGGUCAAUGGGGUUGUGAGUGUGAGGCAUUACCGGGUUCGCUGCAGUGACAACGGGUACAUCAUCGACGUUGAUCAAGGGAUCUUGCAGAGCAGUCUCCAGGGCGUGAUCGACCACUUUGUGAAGUACACCAACGGGAUUCUCAAGCCAUUAGACAACUCCCAGGAUUACGAGGAGCAUCUGACCAUUUUGAAAAGGGACAACGAGAGCGGGGAAGUCAUCAACGAAGAGCUUCCAGCAGCCAAUACCGGCCCCUCACCACCGUCCAAGCCAGGAAAGAAAGCACUUCGUCCAAGUAAACCGAGUCCUGCACCCCCCGAUCGUCCUGACGAUUACCCAGAAAGGUCGAUUCCCCCUAUACCUCCAAAAGUCUCAAAAGACAUUUUUGGUUUAUCCACAGAUGCUAGUCAGGAGCUCCACGAAAAGCUGAUGAAAAGACGAAAGUAUAUCGAAGCCUCCGAAUCCAAGGCCAAGUUGAAUCCAUGAAGAGACUAAAGAGAAGUGAAGAGAUGGGACAGGUUGAGCACUUUUUUGAGCGCCCAGUGUCCAAAUUAGGCAUCGGUUUCUGUCACCAAAUCCUCCAGUCACCAGGGACUUAAUGACUGAUAAUUGAAUGGACUUUUGACAGCCAUUGUACUUCCUGCACAACUGAAUAGUGGGAGGGUACGGGCAAGGUUGCACAGAGAUUAAUUUUAACAAGCAAACGAAACCCCCACAUCUUGCUGUAAAUAGAAAUAAAUUUAGAAUAAGUUGAUUUUAAAGC